AUGAGCACGGCUACUGCCACACGCGCAAGAGCGCACGCUCGACAAGCGUACUCGCCCCGCCAGCGCGUCCUCCUCCUCUUCACCCUCACCGCCCUCGCCGGGACUGUCUACUCGGUCCUCAACGUGUCGUCCGCUGCGACCGCGUUCCGGUCACGCCUGCCAGCACACACGCUCACAAAGAUCACCGAGAGCGAGUCCGCCUUCCCCGUCCAGUUCUCGCUGCCCUUCUUCGCCGACAAGCGGAAUCCGAUCAAUCAGCUCUUCGUCAAGCGGGCGUGGGCCUGGAUCACGGCCCUCUUCCUCGCCUUCCUCGCCGCCGUCUUCCUCUUCCCCUCGCAUCUCCCCGCCCAAACCGCAUCUUCCUCGACUCGCACGACCCCUCAUACCCGCGUCCAAGCCGUCUCGACCGCCCAUAUCGCCGCCUCCAUCCGACGAUACCUCCUCGCGACCCUGUACUGGUUCUAUCUGACCCAGGCGACCUGGUUCGGCCGCUCGCUCGGCCCGUCCAUCACCUUCCGCAUCCUCCGCUCCUCCGGCGCCGUGUGUGUGCCGAGCGCCCUCUCGAGCGAAGCGAUCGCGCAGGCGGGACAAGGCGGACUGCACGCAGACGGACCGCACGACGCAGCGGCGCCUCCUCUCGUCUGCACGGGCUCGAAAGGCGAGUACUGGCGCGGCGGACACGACGUGAGCGGCCACGCAUUCAUGAUGAUUCAUUGCGGGAUGUUCCUCUUCGAACUCGUCUACCCGCUCUUGCCCGCCCUCUUCCCCUCGCUCUUCCAGUACGCCAGCAGCCGACCGCCCGCCGCGCCGAAACGCCUCCACCCCGUCGUCAUGGUCCUCGGCUACGUCGCGGUCGGGAUGAUCGCGCUGUGCUGGUGGAUGCUCCUCAUGACGAGCCUUUUCUUCCACUCGAGCACGGAGAAGUUGACGGGAGUCGCGUUCGGAGUGCUCGGGUGGUACAUCAGCGGGUUGUAG